GUCAGGAUGGAGAGAUCUAACACAAACGGAACCCACUCGGCCUGCUUUUCCUGUUUUAGCUUUGCUGGGCACAAUCUGGACCCUUCUGGAACUUCGUCCACUAUCAAGUUGCUUCGCCAUCAACUUCCCAUCCUCCCUCCACCAGUGUGCUUUGGUCUCUUUUCAUUUCAGACCUACAGGCUGAAUCCACAAAAGAAUGCCGCCUUCACUCCUGGCACCCUUUCCCGCCAUGCUCGGGGCCUCCACCUCCCCAGGGGCCUGGUAUCAGCUCCUACCCGGCUCCAAGCCCCUCUGCACAGUGCAGCUGGGGGAAGCCCCAUGCCUGAUUCUGAUUGCUUCAGGGCACCAGGCUCUCAGGCUACCUCAUACCAGCCUUCACUUGGUUUUUGGGUACCAGAAAGGACUCGCAGCCUGGCUGAGGGCCUACUGCUGAAUGAAUGCCCUGACGCGCCCCCCCCAAUGAGCUGGUCUACUCCCUCUGAACCACCCCAUCCAAGCCUCUUUCCUAAGAAAGGAGAAUGUUGGUUGUUCAAAGGAGUUUCUCUGGUUGUCUGGAGAUUCCAACUUGUCAAAGGCAGAGAACAAAAUCUUUGGGGCCAGGAAGCCACCCAUCUACCCACAGAAGCUGAAAUUUCCUGAGUGACAGAGAACCAUGCUGCUUCCUUUGCCCAGCUCACGAUCUAAAUGGAGCGGCUGUGGGGUGGGGGUGGAGGAGAGGGCUUGGGAGAGACUGGCUGAGGUCGGUGUGGGUGUAUUCUCACUACCCCCACAGUUUCCCUUCACCUCUAGGUAUGUGAGAAGGGUGUCAGGGAGCUUGCCGUGUCCCUUUUGCAGUUUGAGCAGACAUAAAGACUGGAGUGAGAAGCAGGGUUGCAUGGCUGUGUAGGGAGGUGGGGUGAAGGCACUUGGUUUCUGGGGACUGGAUGUGGGUCACAUUCCCUCCUUGGAGGGCAUCUACCCCCAGAGGGCUGUGCUGGUGUAUGGGAACAGAGACGGUGUAGCUAAAGGGACCCCUGGAAAACCAGCUGAGUUCCUGCAGUCCUCCACCCCCAGACUCACAAUGAAACUGGAGCUGAGAUAGCA